AUGUCGGAUUGGGAAGAAUUGAGAACAGAUAGUGGUGAAGUAUAUUAUUAUAAUUAUAAAACCAAUGAAACUAGUUGGACUUUACCUGAAGAUACUCGUAAAAAAGAAAAACUACAGAAAUUAAAAGAAGAAAGUAUAGCUCAGACAUCGGAGUCUAAUACAGAACAAUCAAAAGAAGAUGACGAUAAAAUAGAAGAAGAUGAAAAGAAAGAAGAACCAAAAGAAUCUACUUCAGAAACUAAAUCAAAUUGGACAGAAUAUACUACUGAUGAUGGAAAGAUCUAUUAUUAUAAUGAAGUAACUGGAGAAACUACAUGGGAGAAACCAACAGAAGACGAUGAAUCGAGGUUAGGUACUUCUGUGACUAUUACUAUGACAACAACAACAGUAAGUGAUGUCAAUCUUGGUGAAUUGGAUAAGGAAUUCUUUAAUAAACCAGUAAUGAUGGAAACUACAAGCCCAGAAUCCGAAUCGAAUGCAACUGAAUUAUUCACGAAAAUGUUGGCAGAUAAUAAUGUUGAUUCUACUUGGUCAUUUCAAAAAGUAAUGGAGCAAUUCAUAGACAAACCAGAAUACUGGGCUAUUGGAAAUCCUAUUGAAAGAAAGAAAUGUUAUGAAGAUUACUUAGUUUCCAAAUUUCAAAGUGAAUUAUCAAAUAAAUCACUUUUGAUGGAGAAACUCAAAAACAACAUUCAUGAUGAGAUCAAGAAAUUAGAGAACCAAGGCAGAAUAAACUAUAAUACACGAUGGAUUAAAGUGAGAAAAUUAUGGAUCGAUGAAGAUAAUCCCAUUUUCAAACAUUCAAUGUUACUGGAUUCUGAAUUAGCAGCUAUAUUUUAUGAAUAUACUGAUAGAUUGAAACAAGAACAUGACCAAGAGAUUCAAGAAAAGAAAAAUAAAGCAUUAUCUGAGUUGUCAAUUUAUUUGAAAACCGUCAAUUCAACAUUGGUUGAAAAAUCUAAUACUUGGGAAUCAUUAUAUGAAAAUUUAAUUAAUGAUCAUAGAUUUCAAAGUAAUAAGAAUUUCCAGAAUUUGAAUAAAUUGGAUAUUUUGAAACUAUACGAAAAAGAAAUCUUUCCACGAAUAAUUGAAGAUUUAAAGUCUCAAAGGGAGACACUUGAGAAAUCAAAUUAUAGAAAUGACAGAAAAGCUCGUGACAAUUUCAAGAAAUUAUUAUUGACAUUAAAAAUAGAUGCUAGUACCCAAUUUGAAGAUGUAUUUGAAGAAAUUGAAAAUAAUGAUGCAUUUAUAGAAUUAUGUGGAAGAAAUGGAUCGAGUCCUUUAGAAUUAUUCUGGGAUAUCGUUGACGAAAAGAGACAAAUUUUGAAAGUGAAACAAGACUUGGUUGAAUCUGUUGUUCUUGAAAUGAAGAAACAAGGUUCAUAUAGUGAAAGUUUAUGGGAAUCUGAGGAAGUAUUUAUCGAUGCAUUGAAAUCAAGUAAUGAUGAUAGAUUACUGAAAAUUGAUCUUGAAAAGAAAGAUUCAGAUGAAAUCACAAUAAUUUUCAAGCAAUUGAAGAAAGAGUUUGAAUUAGCUAAACAAAGAGAGAAACUUGAACACGAGAAAGAAGUGACUGAUCAUAUAAACAAUAUUGCUCAAUUGUUGUAUCAAAAGAAACCUGAUUUCUGGGAUAAUAUAAUACGUUCAGAAGGUAAUAGAUAUUCUGUGUCAAGAAGAAUAAAUUUCGAGGACGAAUACAAGAGAGUUCUGGAAUUGCCAGAAUAUAAACAAUUGGUGGAAUAUGAACAAAAAAGACCAGUUACUGCUAUUACAAAACUAAUGAUCGAUACUUUUGUCAAUGAACAUAAUAGAUUAAGUUCAAGAAAGAGAAGAUCAAGUAAUUCAGAGUCUAACUCAGAAAAGAAAUCAAAACCUAAUGCUGCUAGUAUUUUGAAUUAUUAA